ACGGUAUUGAUAAAAGUAAUAUUUAGCUUUAAUAUAUUUAUAGUACGUUGGAAUUGGCAUGAUAGUUGGAGUUGAAGACAAGAAAAGAAAGAAAGGCGGUGACUAACGCAUGUAGCACAACGCAUAUACCAGUGGCAUAAAAGUAACCCACAUAAAUUAGGUAUAACGCACGCCUUUAAAUUCUCAUUUUCAUUUUCUUACUCGCCACGAAGCGUUGAGAACAGAGAAAAAUCACACCGAAUUAGGUUUUUCGUAUUGGAAGAAGAAGCUCUGGAUUCCACCUCUUCCCGUCCUUCGAGGCGGUGGUUAUGCUGCUUGUUCAUCAGGGCUGUUUAGAUUUGAAUUUAAAGCGCCGUGAAUUAUAUCCUGAGACAUGGAGGGAGUUUAUUUCUCGACAAAUUGUUACCAGUAUCGGUUUUUUGCUUUCCAAGAAGUGCUUGAUUGGCGAGUUUUCAUCCUUGGAAAUUUUCUUUUGGUUUCCUUUGUCAAUUGCACUUAGUUUUCUGUCCCCCUUCAAUGAUCAACAAAGGGUACGUGAUGCUAGUUUAUUCUGAUACAGGUGCCGCAUCUUGCACUUGUACAAUGCAUUGCUGACCCAACAUUUAGUUAAAUCUUCUGUGGAGUUUUCUUCACGGGCUUAAGUAUAGUCUGGUCACUGAAUAUUGGAUUCAGCCUGCAUCUUCGAGCGAAGCAUUUGCAUUGAAUCAGUAUAAGACUAGUCAUUGGCAAUUGUCUCCUUUUUGCUCUCGAUGGAAAUUAUUGGUGACAGUACAUCAUUUACCUGAAGAUUCUGAAAUGAAUCCUAUAGUAGAUUAGAUGAAAUAGAUGCUAUUUCAGUUCUGAAGUCUUGGGUCGCAGUGGUAUUAGCUAGUGAUUAAUGCUAUUGCAUUGAUCAAUCAGUGUGGUGGGACCUGAAGUGUCACUAUGUUCUGUCGUUCUUAUUCAUUUCUACCACCUUUGUCACGUAACCAGAACAAAGCCUAGGUCUAUUACUAAAUAAGCCUGUGCAGCCCUUCCAUCAGAUAGUUUCUGCCCUAUGUCCGCUUCUGACAUGACAGAACAUUGAUGUUGGGGUUUUCUGGACCAGCAGGAACUUGUUUAUACGGAGAACAUCAUCUACAAGAGAUAAAUGCUAUUUAUCUUGUUUUUGUUUACAUUUCUUGAAUAAAGGAAGCAUAUUUUGUAUUCUGUGAAAAAAUGGAGAGGUACAAAAUAAUCAAGGAAGUUGGUGAUGGAACAUUUGGGAGUGUCUGGAGAGCUAUUAGUAAGCAAGCUGGCGAAGUUGUUGCGAUCAAGAAAAUGAAAAAGAAAUAUUACUCUUGGGAAGAGUGUGUAAAUCUCAGAGAAGUCAAGUCUUUACGAAAAAUGAACCACCCAAAUAUUGUGAAAUUGAAGGAAGUUAUUCGAGAAAGUGACAUUCUGUACUUUGUUUUUGAGUACAUGGAAUGCAAUCUAUACCAACUUAUGAAAGACAGGGAAAAAUUGUUCUCUGAAAGUGAAAUUAGAAACUGGUGUUUUCAAGUUUUCCAAGGUCUGGCUUACAUGCAUCAGCGUGGUUACUUCCAUCGCGACCUUAAACCUGAAAAUUUGCUGGUUUCUAAGGAUAUUAUCAAAAUUGCUGAUUUUGGCCUAGCCCGAGAGAUCAAUUCACAACCACCCUACACUGAGUAUGUCUCCACACGAUGGUAUCGUGCUCCUGAAGUGCUGCUUCAGUCUUAUAUCUAUAAUGCCAAAGUUGACAUGUGGGCAAUGGGUGCUAUAAUGGCCGAGCUCUUCUCUCUACGACCUCUUUUUCCCGGAGCCAGUGAGGCAGAUGAGAUCUACAAAAUAUGUGGUGUGAUAGGCAGUCCAACCACUGAAUCAUGGGCUGUUGGACUCAAACUUGCAAGAGAUAUUAAUUAUCAGUUUCCACAGCUUGCUGGCGUAAACCUUUCUUCAUUGAUCCCAUCUGCAAGUGAUCAUGCAAUCAGCCUUAUCCAAUCACUUUGCUCUUGGGAUCCCUGCAAGAGGCCAACAGCUUUAGAGGCCCUUCAACAUCCUUUCUUCCAGAGUUGCUUUUACAUUCCUCCAUCCCUUCGCUCCAGAGCAAUAGCGAGAACCCCUCCACCUGCAACUAGGGGAUCACUGGAUCAGCAAGGGGUCAAGAGAUAUCCCGGUGCUUUACCCAACUCAAAACUCACCAAUUAUUUUCCAUCUCCAAAGUUACAGCCUUCUUCAGGACGUGGUUUGCAUCAGCUGGGGCGUCAAGAAGUGUUAAACCCUUGUGUGCAACGGAAGUUGGAUAUGGUAAAUCAGGAUGACAUUCAGAAUGAUAAAUCAAUGAAGACUACUACACAAUUGAAGUAUCGACAACCAGGAAAGGACAGUCAAACUUCUAUAAACAAAGGAAGAUCUACACGAGGUGCUUUAGAAACAGCUGAGAGGUUGGCCAAUAUGUCUAUUGGCACUCGAAGACAGUCCAUGGAGCAACCCCGUGCUCCUCCCAUGAAGGCUGGAGUCAAUUGGAGUUCUCCCAUGAAGGCUGGAGUCAAUUGGAGUUCCGAAUCUCCUAACUUCAUGCUCAGACCUGCACCACAGAUCUCAACUGGGAGAACGUACCCUAGAAAAGUUGCUGGAUGAGAAGAACAGCCUCUAUAUUAUUGCGACUAUCCUAGUUUAAACAAUAUAUAUUUGGGUUUUGCUCGUGUUAUGUUUACUGCAAAACUAGUUUGCCCGUGUCAUUAAUAAUCGUUUAUACUGUGUGUUGUGGGACAAACACGCAUGAGCUGAUACUUAAAUAAGUCUUUCUUAGCUUAUGAACUUUGAUGUGUGCGGUGUUUAUAAAUUGCCUUCUUGGUCAAUAAACAAUAAUUUAGUAAUGUUGCUGGUCUUAAUGACUACACCUGUACUUAAUGGUUGAAUUGUGAAGGUCUUUUUACAAAUAAUAAUGUGAAAGGUGGUUGUUGAUGUUA